GCGCCACUCGCCUCCCGUCAGUCGCCCGCCGACUCCGCUUGUGCUUGUGUGACUCGCGCUGCUCUGUGCACCGCACUCGUGCUCCGAUCACGACGCGUGCCGCCCUGCCGUGGCCGCGAACGCGACCUCUACGCUACCGGCGAAUCGUUUCUCCCAACUUACGUGCGACUUGCUAUGAUUUGACUUUUGGACAUUUACGCUCCCUUACCCGGCUUACUUACCCCUCAUCAUAGUUGAGCCCCGCACCGCACCGGCUUGCUCGCUGACCGCCGAGCCGCUAACUGCUUUUUUCGCGCCCUACCGUCGCCCGCCCAGACCCGCACCGGCCGCCGCCUCCGCAAUGCUCGCGCACCAAGCACCUCUCGCCCUCUACUAAAUCAACCGUCAACAUCGAUACGAACGCGUGUGAUAAUAAUAAUUUAAUACUUGCCUAAAUAAGCUUGCAACGUCGGUGUCUUUAAUUCUAACAUAAUAAUUGUAAGAUUAAUAUUUAGAUAAUUAAUCGGUCGAACCGCGCGCAUAACGCCGCGGAGUUCGUGUUCCUACGCGUGUGGAGAAGUGUGUGUAGUGACGGGUGCGCGAGCGCCGAGUGGCCGCAACGUCCGCAGCUCGUGAGCAAGUGAGCAAGUGAGAAGUGCAAGUCCGGAGCGCGCCGCGCGCUCGCUCCCCUCUGCAUAUGCGCCGCACUCGCUCAGCGUAAUAGCGCGCGCUCUUCCUAACCCCGAACUCUGUACAACGAUGGCAACCAUGGUGAACAUGAAUAGCCUCCUGAACGGCAAAGACUCACGUUGGCUCCAACUCGAAGUGUGCCGCGAAUUCCAAAGGAAUAAGUGCUCGCGGCCCGACACCGAGUGCAAGUUUGCUCACCCCCCGGCCACCGUUGAAGUACAGAAUGGAAGGGUCACCGCUUGCUACGACAGUAUCAAGGGACGGUGUAACCGAGAGAAACCCCCCUGCAAGUACUUCCAUCCACCGCAGCACCUCAAAGACCAGUUGCUCAUCAACGGACGGAAUCACCUAGCACUAAAGAACGCCUUAAUGCAGCAAAUGGGCCUGACGCCAGGCCAGGUGCUCCCUGGCCAAGUCCCAGCCGUGGUGGGCGGCGUGAGCGGAGCGGGAGCGGCUGCCGGCCACCUCGCUGCGCUGGAUCCGAUCAGUCUCGCCUUGCUCGCUCCGCAGGCGACGUCACCCUACUUGUCGGGAGUGCCCGGCGUGGGCUCCACGUACGCGCAGUACUACGCGCCGCAGCUGAUGCCGGCGGUGCUGGGCCACGACCCGGCGGCCGCGGCGGCGUCGCCGCUGGGCGUCAUGCAGCAGCCCGUGCUGCAGCAGAAGCUGCCGCGCACCGACCGUCUCGAGACGGCCACCGCAGCGCAGCAGCCGGCAGCGAGCGCGACUUCGGAGCCGGGCAAGAAACGGCCGGCGCCCGCCGAGCUCGAGUCGCCCCCGAUGGACAUGAAAAGCGUCGGAUCUUUCUAUUACGAUAACUUCGCCUUCCCCGGGGUGGUGCCGUACAAGCGACCCGCCGCCGACAAAGCCGGCAUGCCCGUGUACCAGCCGGCGACGACGUACCAGCAGCUGAUGCAGCUGCAGCAGCCGUUCGUGCCCGUGUCAUGCUGUGCGCCGCCCAACGCUCCCUAUGUGGAAUACACCGACGAGCGCGGACAGUUACUGGACACCCUCCCGGUGUGCCAAGAUUUUAAUCGACAAGGAUGUACGAGACCUACCUGCAGAUUCGUUCAUAUUCGUGAAGGGUGCGGGCUGCAGGUGGUGGGGUGCCGCGUGGUGGUGUGCCGCGACGCCGCGGCCGGCACGUGUCGGCGCGCCGCCUGCCGCUACUACCACAUCCCCGUGCAGCUGCCGCCCGCGCUGCGCCCCCCCUAACCUCCCGUCGCCGCACCCCCGCACCCCCACCCCCCAUCCGACCCCCUCGUCCACCUCCACGUCGCCCGCUGCACGCUCGGGAAGGCAGGUUCGUUCGGCCGGCGCGGCUCCCGCGGCGGAGGCGACGUGCUAGCGCCGGAGCGGCGACGGCGCGACGCUCGACGCGCUUCCGCCGCGUUCGCGUUCGCACUUCGGGAUAGAGUGUGUACAUAAGUAGCGGGAUAUGAUUCUCGGGCACGGUCAUGCGAUUGUGAUAUGAAUAGUUUUCGACGCGCCGGAGUCGUUUGAAUGAUUCUUCGAGAUCGUCGAGUUGUAGUUAGUGAGGUUUAAAAUGUUUUAUUACUAUUGUAUAUUAUUUUUUUAAGAUACGAUAUGAGUUCCUGUAGAGAUCGGCGCGCGCGCCAGACUUUGUUGUAUAUAAGCGAAGUGACGUCGGGCGACGAUCGCGCGGCCGCCAGGAGGCCGCCGUCGUACUUCCGACACCCUACUCCUACUGUGAGCAUUUUUGUGAGAAUUAUGUUACUUUUUAUUACGUUAUAAAAUUAUGUUUUUAUAGAUGACAAGUUUACACUAGAUUAGGUUAAGAGGAACGAUGAGACACCAAUAGUGUAGCCGCUUCUCUCGUCCGGCGCGGCGGCCGUCGGUCGCCGUCUGCCGCGUCCCCUCACGUUAGAUAGAUCGCGACACUCGUAGAGUGAUAGUGGACUAACAGUCGAAACGAUGAACGUUGACGGACAAUAUUGAAACGAAGAAAGCAUACUUCCAAGCUAUUUACCUAAAUCGUAGGAUAGAGAGUCGGCUUAUAUUCCGGAUAGAGUUUGCUAGAUAUCAUUAUUUUUCCGAUCGAUCCUCGUCUAUCGAAGCACAAAAUAGCGACUGAUGAUCGAAUCCGAUCGACCCUCGACAUGUCCAAAUCGAGAAAUAGCUGCCCUGUAUUGUUUUCGACUUUAACAGUAUUAACUUUUGAUCAAAUUUAUCUCAUCGUAUGUAUGUAGAGGUGAUAUGCGGAUAGAGAGAUGCGGGAGUGCGCCGCCGCGCCGCGCCGCGCUCGCUCCGCUCGGCUCGAGCGCGGGGGCGCGGGGGCGUGAACUCUCGAGGCAUGGGAGCCUAAUGCCUAAUAUUAUUCCUAGUCCAUAUCCUUUUUGUUGAUCAGUCAUGCGAUUAAUGUUAGAAUAAAAUAUUAAUAAUUUGAUUUAUUCCUCCCAUUUAGUGGAUAUUUUGAUAAUGAUAUAUUAAUAACGAAAUAUUUAAGAUACAUAAUACAUAUUUGAUUCUAAAUCCUGAUAAAGUGACACUACGUCGGUAAUUUAGUCGGAGGGAUACUUGUGCCGUGAUUAUAUUUUUAGGUAUAUAUUAUAAAAUAAUUCCUAGCGUCGGAAUUAAAGAAGUGAUUAAUGUGUAAGUGCGUUAUAUUUAUUGUCGUAUAUCGUAAGGGAAUGCCAUAUCGAUAAAAGAUGACUGGCGGAGGAGUUAAACUCGGCGAGGUUGCGUUAGUUCGGUUGGUUGUUAUGUCCGGCGCCGGGCCCGCGCGGCGACGGACUGUUUGCUUUUAUCAAUACGGCACUGUAUGACUUUUAAAUACAUAAGUUGUAUUUUUAUUUUUGUUAAAUUUUUCGUUUCAUUAAUUAAGUAUAUUUGUUGCCUUUAAUUUUUAUAAUCAAAAUUUUAUGAUCUGACGCAUUUAUUGUAAGACAAACGAUUACUUUUAUAAUUAGUGUGAUAAUAAUAAUUAUUAUGGUAUCAAAUUGCCGUUAUAAAUAUUAUACAUCGAAAGUAUCCUUCCUCUUUAGAAGGGACUCUUCAGACCCGAGGUUUCUAGUGGAUUUAUAUUUUUCUUUUGUUGUAUUUUUAAUGUUGCGUGUGUCUUACACAUAAUAUAUUUCAUUUUUGUGAUAUUUUUAACUAUAAAGUACUGUUAUUAUAAAUCAAAAUGGAAAAAUGAAGACCUAAUUAAAUAUUCAAGAAUUUAUUUGUAAAUCACAAAAAAAAUGUAAAACUGUAAAUAUAAUAAAAAAAAUGAACUGCAACACAAUAAUUAAUUAUUGAUUAUAAUUAUAUCUCUCAUCAAGUACACUGUAAGUUCUUCAAUACCUAAUGGUAUGUUAUUAUGUAGUAGGUACAUCUACUAAAGGUAAACCGGUCCAGUGAACAAAGUAUUGAUAAUAUUGUGAACAUUUUUUUAUUCACGAGCAAUCACAGAAAGUACAUGACAUUGUAAUAUUAUUUAUGAAAUUACUAUGUGAUGUGAUCUUCGGAUCAAUUUUGAGUACAGUAUAGAUAAUAAACAACUGAAUAUGU